CCUCUUUUUAAAACUUUUUGUAGUACAGAUUAUCAUAAAUUUUAUAUCUAUAAUGUGGAUAGCGAUUAUGGCGGUUUAAUAGGAUCAGACUUAUUAAAACAACUUGACGCUAAUAUAGACAUGAAAAAUCAAAUUUUAAGAACUCGUGACACAGAAAUAUCAAUUAUUUAUAGUCCACCUUUUGGCAUUCAUGUUGAUGCACGAUCUGAAACUCGUGUUAAGGUUCCUGUUAAUCUUCCCAAUGGACAAGCAAUAUUAAAUUCAAUUAAUUUUGGUAAAGGUAUAAGAACACCAUCUGCUCUUGUAAAAUGCGAAAACGGUUAUGCUACCACUAUAAUACAAAAUUCAUCAGAUAAAAACUAUGAAAUUAAAUUCACUAAACCUCUGAUAGUUACAAGUUACAAUGAAGAAAUAAUUAAUAUAAAUAAUACUCAAACAAUUAAUGAUUAUAAAAUUGAUAAAAUUCUGAAACAAAAUUUGUCUAAAUUACGUUUUGAACAUAUGAAUGAGGAAGAAAGAACUAAAAUUUUUAAUUUGUGUUUUGAAUAUAGAGAUAUUUUUUACAGCGAGCAUAUACCAUUAAGUUUUUCUAAUCAAGUUAAGCAUAAAAUUCGUACAACUAAUGAAGACCCAAUUUACGUAAAGCCUUAUCGUCAAUCUCCAGCCGAAGCUGUUGAAAUUAGGAAUCAAAUAGAUAAACUUUUAAAAGAUAAUGUAAUACAAGAAUCUAAUUCUCCAUGGUGUGCACCUGUACACCUCGUACCAAAAAAAAUCGACGCUAGUGGUGAAAAGAAGUUUAGGAUGGUUGUUGACUAUAGAAGACUGAAUGACAUUACAAUAGACGAUAAAUAUCCACUACCUAAUAUAACUGACCUCUUUGACAAACUAGGUAAAAGCUGUUACUUCUCAGUACUUGAUUUGGCUAGUGGUUAUCACCAACUGGAAAUAGAAAAAGAAGACCAACCUAAAACUGCCUUUUCAACUCAAUUUGGACACUAUGAGUUCCUUCGAAUGCCGUUUGGGUUAAAGACCGCACCAGCGACAUUCCAACGAGCAAUGGACAAUAUUCUUAGAGGACUGCAGGGCAUACAUUGCUUAAUUUACUUAGAUGAUAUAAUUAUCUUUUCAUCUAGCCUCGACGAACACCUAAUAAAACUAAAACUAGUAUUCGACAGACUUAGAAAGACCAACCUUAAAGUCCAACUCGAUAAAUCGGAAUUCCUUUGCAAAGAAACAAAUUACUUAGGACAUACAAUUACACCUGACGGACUAAAACCAAAUACCGACAAAAUAGACGCUAUACUUAAUUACCCAGUACCAAAAACUACGACAGAAAUUAAGAGCUUUCUCGGACUUAUUGGUUAUUAUCGAAAAUUUAUAAAAGACUUCUCAAAGAUUACACAACCCAUGACAGCAUGUCUAAAAAAGAACAGUAAAAUUGUAAUUAAUGAAAAUUAUUUAAAAUCAUUUGAAAAAUGCAAAGAACUUCUUGUUAAUGCACCAUUACUUCAAUAUCCCGACUUUACAAAGCCUUUUAUUUUGACAACUGACGCAUCUGACUAUGCACUUGGAGCUGUACUCUCGCAGGGCCAAGUAGGCAGUGAUAAACCAAUAGCAUAUGCUAGUAGAACUUUGAAUGACACAGAAAAACGUUACAGUACUAUAGAAAAAGAGUUAUUAGCGAUAGUAUGGGCAGUUAAACACUUUCGUCCGUACCUAUAUGGAACAAAAUUUACAAUUUAUACAGACCAUAGACCAUUAGCUUGGCUAGAUUCUCUUAAAGAACCAAAUAGUAAAUUGACUAGAUAUAAACUCAGAUUAGCUGAAUACAACUUUAAAGUCAUUCAUAAGAAUGGAAAGCAAAACACCAAUGCUGAUGCUCUCUCACGUAUUAAAUUAAAUGCUUUAGGUAAAAACGAUAAAGAUAAUCAAUCAAUGGUAGUUAAUGUAGAUAACUCUGAUAGAAAUCUUGAAGACUAUAUUCAAGAAUUAACCGAUUCAAUAACACGAUUAGGACAAAACAACCAAAGUAAAGAACCUGAAAAUGAUAACAGUAACUCUAUGUCUUUUUCUGAAGUAUCUAGGACUAUUCCAUCUCGAGUUAAUUCCAGGUCAUCAUCACGCACAUUAACAAUAAACUCUAGUACAGAUACAGCACAUUCUGCUGAAGAUAUGGAUACUGAUGGCAUUCCCAUACUUUACGAAGCUAUAGAUACAAAACCAAACCAAAUAUUAAUAUACCCAUGGUUUAAAAAUGAACUUUCAGUUAAAAUUCGAUCACAUCCCAAGCAAAAGAUUUUAGAGGUUCACUUACCCCUAGAUAAUUCCGAGUUAAUAAAAAAAUUUCUUAAAGAAUAUAUUAGACCCAAAAUUAAAUACUUUAUGUAUUACGAAAAUAAAGCACACCGACAAUUAUUCACACAAGUAUUAAUUUCAUUAUUUAGAAAAGAAACCGUAAAGCUUUAUGAAUGCACUGAAAGAGUAAUUAAUGUCACUGACGAAAAAGAACAAGAGGAAAUAGUAAUGAAGUAUCACGUAGGCAAAACCUGUCACCGAGGUAUUAAAGAAACAAUUUCUCAUUUAAAACGAGUUUAUUUUUGGACAAAUUUAGAAGAAACCGUAACCAGUUUAAUAAAUUCAUGCGACACUUGUAAACGUAUGAAAUACGAUCGUAGACCAUUUAAACCUCAAUUACAACUUACACAAACUCAAUCAAGACCUUUUCAAGAAUUAUUUAUAGAUUUAUUCUCCAUAGAAGGAAAAUAUUACUUAACCAUAUUAGACGCAUUUAGUAAGUUAGCACAAGCUUUUGAAAUCCCAGAUAGAUCAACACCUGAAGUAGUCAGGGCACUUAUAAAGUAUUUUUCAUUCUACGGCGUACCUACUAAAAUCAGUUCAGACCCUGGUUCUGAAUUCAAUAAUAAACUCAUGAAAGACUUAAUGACAUUGUAUAAAAUAGACAUUCACAUAGGCACCCCUAACAAUCCAAACUCAAUGGGAUUAAUAGAACGAUUCCAUUCCACAAUUUUAGAAAUAUAUAGACUUGCGAAAUAUGAACAUAAAUUCACAGAUGCUACAUCAGUGAUGACUUAUGCUAUAAUGGCUUACAAUCAAACAAUCCAUUCAGUAACAGGUCUCACUCCGUUUGAAGUAGUAUUUGGUCACACGGAAAAUAACAAUCAAUUCAAUUUAAACUUUGAUAAAGAAUAUACUCAACAACUAGUUAGGGAUCAUGCAAAAAGAACUCACUACUUAUACAAAUACUUAACCGAUAAAAUAGGAACUAGGAAAGAAAAAGUUCAACAAAGUAGAGUAGGAGAAACUAAUUUUGAUUUAAAUGAAGGUGAUAAUGUUUUUAUUAAAGGCAUAAAUCGACGUAGAAGCAAGGAUAAGCCCAGGUUCGUCCUGCUAGUGACCCAAGCAGUAACGAUCCGGGCCCUUCAACUUCAAAAGGUUGAGAAGAAUCCAGGCGUUCUUCCUCUUAGAGAAGGAACCGCUAUGAUUACGUAUGAUAAGUGGAUAGUAAUUAAGACAUUAGAUAUUAAACUUAUUAAGGAAGAAUUAGAAUUUAAUAUGCAUAGGUAUAUAGAACUAAAUAGAAUAGUAGAAUUACAGUUAAAUACCAGUAGCUCUUCGUUAAUAUACUUCAAUGAUGUUAAGCUUCAAGUUAAUUAUAUGUUAAAUAUCACAUUGAACAAAUAUUCAGAAAUUGUACCAAUUAAUAGACAGAAAAGAGGACUCAUUAAUCCUUUGGGAUCUCUAGUUAAAAUGAUAACAGGAAAUUUGGAUUACGAUGAUGCUAUUAAAUAUGACAACUUAAUAAAAAAUGUAAAAUCUCGUGAACAUUCUCUGGAAAAGAAAACUACUGUUAUAUCCGAAAUGAUAAGACUUGUUGCAAACUCUACCAUAAAUAUUACAAACAAUCUCGAACAAUUAAGUGAUGCAAUUAAUAAAAUUAAUAAAAAUAUUAAAGACAUUUCAAUUAUUUCACAUGUUAACCAAAUAACACAUAUCUAUAAUUCCUUCUUACAUAAUUUUCAAAUAAUUUACACAAAAUUGACCGAGAUUGAAAACAUUUUAGCAUUCAGUAGAAUGGGCGUAUUACAUCAAUCUAUAAUUAAUACUAAUGAACUCAUUUAUGUACUUAGAAUCAUAGAGAAAACAGAUAAGCUGAUAUUUAAAGUAAUUCCUGAAAAUAUUGUAAGAAUUGAACAGUCCAUGACAUUGAAAUCGUAUUUUAAGAACAAUGUUAUUACUUUAGUAUUAGAAAUACCCUUAGUUAAGAAAGAAACUUAUUUUUAUUAUAAAAUUGUACCCUUACCUAUCACCCAACCUGAAACAAACCUUACCUUAAUAAUAUUACCCAAGUAUCCUUACCUUAUUGCGAAGGGGUUGAAAGCGAAAUCGCUGUCGACACCAUGUAAGAAUAUAGAAGAAGAAAUAUACCUCUGUGAUGAGCUGCAGACCAUGGUACCUGUUGAAGACACUUGUAUCCUGGACCUGAUGAAAUAUUCUCACAACGUCUCUUGCAAACAAAUUCCAAUAGAAUUCGAAGAAAUUAAAGUGGAACUUUUACAGAUUAACCGAUGGAUAAUCUACUCUAAAUCACCUGUUGAUCUGGUUAGAACCUGUGAUAAUGAAAUUUUACAUUACACUCUCAUAAAUACUUACUUAUUAACCAUAGAAGAUAAAUGCCAAUAUAACAUUGCAAAUCACAAUUUAAGAAUACAUAGCAGUAACGGUGAGAAGCUUAUAUCUCAAAAGCUGCCGCUAGUAAAUUUACCUGAAAAUUUGAAGAUCAGUAUCCAGAGCAACAUUAAUCCUGUUAAGCUGAAUGGGGUUGAUUUAACCAAUUUAAAAGUAUUAUCAUACGCCCUACAAAACAGUGAAAAUCAAAGUGAUAGUGUAGUGAAAACCAAUAGUGUCAGUUUAGGGACAAUAAUUCUAUAUGUAAUUUUAAUUUUAAGUCUUAUAUCCUUUCUGGCAUACAAAAAGAUAAAAACAUGUAUAAUAUUUCAAGGCCGAAACCAUCCUCCGAAAAAUUGUUCUUCAGAUGAUUUCGAGCUUAAGGAGGGAAAAGUUACAAUGUCACACAGAUACCCAAAUAGCACCGUAAGCGUUAAUGCAAUCAAUGCUUAGUCUUGUUAUUCCAUUGUGUACCACGAAUCAAAGUUAUCAUGUAAGGGGUUUUAGCUGUAAGAUUAUAAUUAUAUUAAAGGCAGUCUAAUAUCGACCACCAUAGUGAUAGGGUCUAACAUCGACCAACUUAGAAUAAGAGUCUCGUAUCGACUAUAAGUUAAGAAUAUUAAGUGUAAUUUACUUAAUAAAGUUUUCCUUUUUUAAAAAAACCUUUGAUAACCGUCGCGAU